AUCCAGUACAGGUGAGUGCUUCCCUCCCCCUUUCUCUUCAGACCGGAAGGAGACCCUCCUUCCCGGGUCUCCAAGGAAAGGCUCCCCCCUUAGCAACGGACCUCAGCCGUGCCUGGGGGUGGGGUGGGGGAGUGGGAGAUCUACCCAGGGACUCUGGAGACCUUUCCCAUUAGGCCUCCGUCCCGGCGGAAGCGGAGGGAGCUCCCUGCGGCUCUGAGGCGGGGGUGGUCCAGUCUUGGCCCGCGGGGCUUAAGGACCUCAAGGACCUUGCCGCGGUCGUGGCGGUGUUGCGGGAGGCGCCCCCGGCCCAAGCUUCCCAGGAAGAUGGCCCAUCCCUCCUCUCUUCCCCCCGCUCUUACCACUAGGGGAGAACUCCCUCCCCGCCCCCCGGGCCGCCCCGUCGUCGGCAGAGCCCGCCCCCAGGGGUGGGGCCUGCGGGCUGUCACAGGCCCCGCAGCGGGGCGCUAGGCCUCUUCAUCCACCGGGUGCCAGCAGGAGCAGCUCCCCCAACACGAAAAUCGGCCCAGAGUGCUGUGGGCAGUCCUGGCGCGUCCCUUAACUUUCCUGAAGCGACCCCAUCUCUGGGCCCCGAGAAAACUUUGCAAAGGAAGAAGAAAGUUAUCCCUGCUCGCUUGGUGGCUUCUUCCUUUACCUCUCCUUAUCCACCGAAGCCUUCUACUCUUUCUGCAACAGGGAUUGGCCAGCGAUACCCUGCUGAUAUCUGGGGGUCCUAUGAGAGUCCACAAAGUCCUCGUUGGGGGAAGAAGAUGGCGAGGAUUAUAAGAAAAGAUGGAAUCAGACAGACCAAAGAUGCUGAUGGCAAUCAAUGGCAACUUUAUUGAGAGUGGUCUACAGUCUGUUGAACCUUUAUGAAUAAAAAAUUCGCAGCAUAAAAUUAUUUCUAACUAUAUGUAGUUUUAAGUACAAUGAUGCUAUAGACAGCAACACACUGGGAAAGAAAAAAGGAUUUACUACUGAAGGAUGAAUAAUGAAGAAGAAUUCUUUGAUGCCGUUACAGGCUUUGAUUCUGACAAUUCGCCUGGGGAGUUUUCAGAGACAAAUCAGAAAGUCACAGGAAUGAUUGACUUGGACACUAGCAAAAAUAAAAAUAGUACUGAAGAAAAUGAAGAGAACCCUCCACAAGAGAAUGGAAUCAAGAAACACAGGACAUCAUUACCUGCCCCAAUGUUUAAUAGAAGUGAUUUCAGUGUGUGGAGUAUAUUAAAAAAAUGCAUUGGCUUGGAAUUGUCGAAGAUCACAAUGCCUGUUGUCUUCAAUGAACCAUUGAGCUUUCUUCAACGAAUUACUGAAUAUAUGGAACAUAUAUACCUCAUUCAUAAAGCUUCUUCUCAAACACAGUCCUUGGAAAGAAUGGCGGCUGUAGCUGCUUUUGCCGUUUCAGCUGUGGCUUCUCAGUGGGAGAGGACUGGUAAACCAUUUAACCCACUACUGGGGGAAACAUAUGAAUUAAUCAGGGAUGACCUAGGAUUCAGAUUUAUAUCUGAGCAGGUCAGUCACCACCCUCCCGUUAGUGCAUUUUAUUCAGAGGGUAUCAAUCAGGACUUUAUCUUUCAUGGCUCAAUCUACCCCAAACUGAAGUUCUGGGGCAAAAGUGUAGAGGCCGAGCCCCGAGGAACAAUUACACUGGAGCUUCUCAAACACGGCGAAGCCUACACAUGGACAAAUCCUACCUGCUGUGUACAUAAUAUAAUUAUUGGCAAAUUGUGGAUAGAACAGUAUGGAACAGUUGAAAUUUUAAAUCACAGAACUGGAGAUAAGUGUAUACUUAACUUUAAACCAUGUGGGCUGUUUGGGAAAGAACUUCAUAAAAUAGAAGGAUACAUUCAAGACAAAAGCAAAAAGAAGCUCUUUAUGAUAUAUGGCAAGUGGACAGAAUGUUUAUGGGGCAUAGAUGCUGUUUCCUAUGAGUUCUACAAAAAGCAUGAAAGGAAAGGUGACUACCAGAGAAAAUCAAAAUUGGAGGAUGAGCCUAAAACAUUUGAGGGUGAUGAGACUGAUAAUGUUCCUGACAGCCAAGAUACGGUGCAAGUCAUACCUGGCAGUGAACUCCUCUGGAGGAUAAACACAAGGCCUCCAAAUUCUUCUGAGAUGUAUAAUUUUACCAGAUUUACUGUGACCCUCAAUGAAUUAGAAAAGGGUAUGGAAAAGAUUUUACCUCCUACAGAUUGUCGCCUUCGUCCAGAUAUCAGAAGCAUGGAAAAUGGUGACAUGGAUUUAGCCAGUCAGGAAAAAGAAAGACUAGAAGAAAAGCAAAGACAAUCCCGGAAGGAUCGUGACAAAGAUGAGGAAGAAUGGAACACAAGGUGGUUUUAUCAAGGUGUUAACCCACAUACUGGAACUGCUGACUGGUUAUAUUCGGGUAGAUACUUUGACAGAAAUUUCUCAGACUGUCCUGAUAUAUACUGAACCAUUGGAACAGAUUCUUCAGGACAUGGGGACAUGGAGAGGUCACACUCCACUUCAAGCCAGCUCUUCUGGUUUUGUUAAUAGCAGAAACCAGCUUUUGUAACAGCAAUUUUAAUGGAAAUAGCAUCAUUCACUGAUCAAGGAUUUAAUUCUUAUUAGUUUUUUGAUUGCCAAAAAUUUAAUUGCUAUUGUGUUCUCACCAUAAAGUUGCACUUGAAAUCAUCAAGUUUUCACUAAGUUUUAAAAAAGGAAAAUUCUUUGUGAUUCCCUUUCAUGUGACAGAAAUUGACUGUGGCUGGUUUAGUUUACAAGCACCCUCUUAACUCUAACAACAUUUAAAGAAGUAACAGGAAGACAUCCAUGUUUCUACUUGUAGUGAAGCAAAAAAAGGGCUUCUUCAAGUAUUCAGAAGUUGAACCAGUGAAUAUAAAUAAGUAUGAGAGGAGAAGAGAUGGAUCUUGGAAACUAUCCCGAUAGGUAUAAAGAACUGAAGGUUCUGAAGGUAUAAAGAACUACUAUAAAAUGAUGGUGAUACAGAGGCGAAUCUAUACAAAACACAGCAUGUCAGACUGAAUUGGAUAAAAAGCUACCAAAUAACAUAUUUUUUUAUUUGGGGGUCCUGUAAACAUUACUUAAUAAAUACUGAUGACAAAACAACUGAUUUAGCAUUUUGGUCACAAGCAAGGUAUGCAUUAAUCAACAUCUAAGUACUAUCCAGAGUAAAACAUCGUUACAAUCUAGAAUGAUUAAAAAUGUUCAUAGAAACAUGGAAGAAAAACACUCAAGGCUGCUUUUAGCCAUGUGUGAGUAAGUCAGGCCUGUAGAGUUUGGUACUAUUUAUACUGACUUUUCAUUCUGGAAAAAGCAUUUAAUGCCUCUAGUGUCUAGUCAGUUUUGAAAGCACUUCAUAUGUAUUCAUAGAAUCGUGGGUUUUUUUUUUCCCCUUGAUAUGCAUGUUCUAAAACAUUACUGAAUCACAUCUGAUUGUUGGAGGGCAAGGGGGUUGGGGAGGGCAGAAUUUAAUUCAAAUGGUAUAACUAGAAUUAUUUAAGAAAUAAUAGGUAUAUCUGUCUUAAGCACAUGUGGUCAUCAAAGUGACUUAUUUUUCUUUGUGUAGAAAUGUCAAAGCCAUAUAAUGUCAGAGCUAUUUGAAUUGCAGAUCAAUUUAUUGUAUAUAUAUACAUAUAUACAUAUAUACAUAAUAUUGAGUUAGGUUACAAAGUCAUACAUUUCUAAAGAAAAGGGAUUAUAGUUUUCUGUUUGGCUUGAAUAUUAUGUUUGCAAUUAAAACCCUUUUUAAAGCCAAGACUUGUUUUGAAAGCUUUUAAUUUGGUAACCAUUAGAAACUGGAAAGCAGCUGUGUUACUGCUGAGUUUAUAGUCAUUCAAUGAUGACCGCAGUUCUCUUUACCAACAACUUUACAUAUUCUUAAAAUGAACUUGAAGGUUGACUUCUUGAUGCAUUUGAGGAUUCAAGUGCAUAAUAUUUUUCACAAAGCAGAUUUUUAAGUAUCUGCCAAUGCAAAAUAUAGUAAAGAAGUCAGAGGGUUAUUUUCUGUGCACGUAAAGCCAGGCUCUUCAGCUGAAGAAAGGCAGUCAUGGUGUGAGUUCAUUCUGUAAGCAUGCAGGUAAGUUAUAAAAAUUCAAGACAGAUAUAGCUCUGAAGUACAUUCACAUUCACUGUAUUUGGGGGGGAGUGGGGGAGGCAGAGAAAAACAUUUUAUUUGCUGUUUUGAAGAGAAAGGCAGCAUGGCAUAGUGGACAGAAAGUUAACAUCAAAGCCCCAAAGCCCUGAGUUCCAAGUCCUGCCUCUGAUACAUAUUGACUUUCAGUGCUCUAGGAACUCUAAAGCUGUAAAUUACAGAGAAGAUGUGACCUGCAUUAGUAGAGGAAAUUUUCUUACCCGAGAGUUCCUUGUCCCAGUGAGAAUCAUAGAUCCAGUAAUAGUCCUUAUCCCAGACACAAGUGGGUUCUUUAUAGUGUUAGAUACCCAGCCUCAUAAUAAAUGAGUUGGUAUUUGGAGGGUUUAGAGAGGCUAACUAGGAUAAUGUAGCCCUGCUAAAAAAGCACUGGUUCCUAUAUGCUUUCUUUUAAAAGGAUAAGAAAGUAACAAAGGUGGUUAAUAAAAUUUUAAUAUUCAUUUUAUAUUUAUUGUAUAAUGCUUCUUUUUCAUACCCAUGCCUAUAAAACACUUAAUACAUGAAAGUAAUGACACUUAAACUUUAUCAUCAUUUUUGUAAAACAUUAGGAUAAAGUGAAAUGUUCUUUAUUAGCAUUUUAAUGAUAAAAAUUCUUUUAAAGUAUGAUCAUGCUUUCUAAUGAUAUGGUUUUUGACUCAUGCAAAAAUUGUCUAUUUGUAUUUUGAAUACUGACCUAUGUUUAGUUGACAUUAAAAAAACUUAACGCCCAAAUUUCAUUAUUUUGCAGGGUAAUAUUUUCAUGAUUAGAUCAAAACAUCUGCAUUGGAUAACUUAAAACAUCUUUAGACUAGAACUACACUAACCAAGCCUGAUUUUGUGUGUGUGUGUGUGUGAUUUUUCCCAAUUGAAACUCAAAUUCAGGCCACGUUGUUGUUUUUUUCUAGGCAUAAUUACCGCCUUUGUAUAAACUGGAGCCAGUCAGUGUUUCAGAAAUUGAACAAAAAGCUGUCUAAUGUCUAGGAAGACUGGACAAAAUUUUCUUUUGUUUUAUUUGACUUUAAUAUUGUUUACAUUAUCGUGGCCAACACAGUAUUUGUAUGGGGUAGCCUGGUGGUGCCUAGCUAAAGCAAAGGACACAGUGAAGUCCUUAAGAAUAAGCAGCACUUUUACCUUAGGAGUACUUGCCUCAGUUAAGGGAGAUAAAAUAAAGGAGACCUGUGCAGGUUUGCAUUCCCAUUCCCCAUCUUGCCUCUAAGGCUGCCACAAAAACCAAGACACCUCCAAAAUACUUUAUACCUCUAUAAAAGGCCUAUAAGUAAAACAAAAUGAUUUUAGGAAAGAGUGCCAAAAUGUACUUUGUGGUUCUUGAAAAGUACCUAAGAACUUAAACAUAGAUUGAUUGCAAAUCUAUCUAUGUUACAGUUCCUAGACACAGAGAAAUAGGGGGAAAACAAAUAGAUGGCACCAAGGAUACCUUUAUUUGUUUGUACUUGGCAGGAUGGGUUGGAAAAUAAACUUCCCUUUCCCCUUGCUCAUUAUUUUUCCUGUUAGUCUCCAUCUCUGCAAUUUCUGAUGCAUGUUCAGACUCAUUCUGCCUGAAAUAACCCAUUUGAUGGAGCAAAAGUGAAUUCUAAAUGUCAAGAUGGCUUUGGUGAAGAAUGUAAUAGGGGAAAAGCAUUCUGGGAAACCUUGAGUUCACCACUGUUGCCCCUUUCUGAGCAUUUAACAAACAUCUAAUAAUACUGUUAUGUGAUAAUUGUUGGAACAACUAGCAAAGAAAGCUAUUGAGCAAUGGUGAAUAAAAUGCUUGGCAGGCCGAGUUGCUAUGUCUUAAUGCCUAUUAGGUGUAAGUAAUAAAAUGUGAAACAGACUCAAAUCCAUGAAAAAAAUGACCUGCUUAAACUUUUUUAUAAAUUAUCAUUGAGCAGCAACUUGAGAAGUAGCAUGGUAAAGUCAUAAGGGCCCCAUCAGUAGACUCAAAAGAUCUAGGUUUCAUUCCUGCCUCUGCCACUAACUUGCUUUGUAGCCUUGGGUAAACCACUCUGGGCUCCUUUCCUAUAUACCAUCUAAGGUCCUUUCCAGUUCUAAAUCUUAAGAUCCUAUGAUUUUGAGGUCUUCUGUCUUUGGGAAAAGAUUGCAAUAAAAGGCAUAUUUAAGUUACUUAGAAGAUUCAAACUGGUGAAAGCUCUCCAGGGUUAAAAAUAUCCUCGCUACUUCUAAUCUUGGAUGCUAAGUUUUCUGUCUCAGAGAUUAAAAAGUAGAUGUGAAGCAAUGUGUCUGUCAAUAGAAGAGAAAAAGGGUCAUUGAUGAGAAAAUCUUUGGAAAAUCCUGAUUUUCUUAUGCCUCAGCAUUUAGAUAUAUAUAUAUAUUUUUAAUCUCCCAAAGAUCUUUUCUAUAACCAGAAUGGUUACAAAAGACUUUGGAUCACCAGUAGCCUGCUGGUAGUUGACACGUGAUAACAUGGUUUAUAAUUAUAGGCAUAGCACACUAACUUGCUUUUUUCUAACAUUUCCUAAAUUUAUUCUGUUUUCUUAUCUUCUCCAUACUUACUGUCAAUUUUUUUCCAACGUGCACGCACCACUCUUUUGUCAUCACUUGGUAUGAAGGCUAUAUAGAACAAUACAUAAUUUGGUAAAUUGUUAUCAAAGCCUCUUUUGUAAAAGUAUAAACUGUGUGUCUUGGGGCAGUGGUAUACUACAGCAAUACUUAAUUCUCUGUAAAGUUACUGGAUAGAACACAGACAAGUGAUUUGGGUAUGUUUUUAUAGCUAGCAUGUGGAAAAAAUAUGCUUUUUGCUUCUACCCAGAAUGCCAGCACACGUCCUGAGUUACACUCUUACGGAGCCACAUUUUUUGCCUUACAUAAUUGCUGUGCUUGGUUGAUUCUUUCAAACACUGUGUUUAUUUUAUCAAUGUUGCAUGAAAAUGUCAGACUAUGAAAAUGCUUUAGUGAAAUGGAUUUAUUUUUAUAAUAUUUAAUAACUGUCAAUACCCGUCUAUAUUAACAAAAUCAGUCAUACUUUAGCUUUUUGGAGGAGUAUGUACAGGUUUGUGGAGAUGAAUGUUAAAACCGUAGAUCUGAAUAAAGGUCCUUUUGAAGAAGA